AUAUUGUUCCUCGAGAAUGAAUACCGAUCUCGAACAGCCACGCGGUCGGACAGGGAGCAGUCGGACGAGCAGUCCACGUCGCCGAUGCCGCAAGACGGGCGCAACGAGUAUUACCGGAACUUGCAACAGUUCGCGAGCCACUGUCAGACGCCUAACGGGGACAUCACCGAUCCGGAAUGGGUUGACUACCUGCCCAAGGAGCAGAACGCCGAGCAGUCCUCGCAGAAGGACAAUCGAAGGCCGCGGAGACCCGCGCUGUUUAUACUAGGCGUGCCGCAUAUACAGGCCUCCGAGAUAUUCGAGAUCGGGUGUGUCGCGGGCACGGAGACCAAGUGUCUCGAGCUGGUUUCCGCGAAAUGGAACAACACGAGGGUGACGCUGAAGCGACACAUCUUACCAACGUGUCGCGACGCGAUACGGGCGGACGUGGAGAUCCUUCGUAAAAUUCGGCAUCCCAACGUACUGCUGCUGAUGGCCACGACGUAUACGCACGAGUACGGCCUCGUCUCCAUCUUCGAGCCAAUCGACUGCUCGUUGUACAAUUACAUGCACGAGCAAAACGAGCGAAUAAGCGUGCAAGGAGUCAUGCAGAUCGGCAUGAAAUUGGCGGACGUAUUGCAAUACUGUCACACGCGUGGAUACAUUCACACAGCGGUUAGCUCGCACUGCGUUUACUUUACAUCCGAUGGGCCUGUCAAACUUGGCGGAUGGGAGCUGGCCAGAGAACUUGACAAAGUUUACGUGGAACGCGAUUUCGAAAAAUAUCUGCGCUUAGAAAAUUUCAAAUGGCAAGCACCGGCGUUGUGUUACGGGCAUCCCAAUAAAAAAGUCGACGUUUACGGCUUAAUGCUAUUACUUUGGGAAAUGUGCACAGGCGAUGUACCGUGGAGCGGAUACGGUCAACAAAAUGUAGAACGGCAGCACAUGAUACGAAAACGAGAUGUUAUUAUAAACUUACAGAAUGUCCCAUCGAUUCUCCGUGGCCUAUUGGAAGCUGGAUUGCAUCCUGACGAGACGAAAAUAACGUUGAACAUGGACAAAAUAGGAAGGAAGCUUCAUAGGCUGCUGAUGGUAUACAAGGAGGAAGAGAAGAAUGAUACAUUUAUAAACGGAAACAAUAAUGAUCGUUUAUAUAAUGAUACAUUGUAUCAAAAGAUUUCUCCUGUGUCGCCUACACAAA